AUGCAGACUUUUCUGCUGAUCACCGCCAUCAUCAGUGCCGUCAGUGCAUUCCAAUGCUCGUCGGACACCAUCUUGAGAAUGGCGACCGACAAACGAAUGAAGCAACUAGAUAAGGACUGUAAGAUGGUAAGCAACAACGAGCCGGAGUGCGCCAACAAAAACGAGGUCGAAAGUGCCUGGAAAGAAUUCACAAAACUCUCGGAUCGGUACAAGGAGGCAGUGGCAAAGUGCAGGAUAACAGCAUCCAGUUCGAGGAAACGAGUUCGAAGAGCUGAUUCGAAAACCAUCACAACGCAUCACAAAGAAACAGAACCUGUCGGUGAAAUGGCACUACCUGAAAGUGAGCAUUUUGACGCGCCACAUCCAAUUCGUACGAGAAGACAAGCGUGUAAGACAAAGUCUUCGUUGGAGUUGAACCAGGUCGCACACGACUUCGGCACACAUUGCGAGAGGGAUAACAUAUGUCUCCCUGAUGAGGACCUGCCACCUGGACCACAGAGAGAUGGAUUCAAGGAGUUACAUGCUGCGCGAGCACAGAAGUAUUCGGCCUACCUCACGCAGCUUUAUCGCUGCUACGGACGACUCUGA